GCAAAACAGCUCAUUACACAAGUAAAGUAGUAUACAAAUCUGUUACUCAGAGUCAAGCUGAAAAAUGAAGUUCCUUCUAAUAGUGGGGUUUUGGAUUUCUAUUCUGAUUGGAAAUCAAGAAUGCACACCAGAACAGGCUCAGGUUUUUUCAAUCACGGCUAGGACAGAGGAAGAGGUGGAGAUCCUCCGAAACGUGUCCAGUGACUAUGAGACUGUGCUGUGGCAGCCGGCCGCGCCCAGCCACAUCAAAGCUAAUAUGGAGGUCCACCUCUUCGUCCCAGCAGCCAGCAUGACCACAGUAAAGGGCCUGCUGAACAAGCACCACAUGACACACAAAGUUAUGCUGAGUAAUGUUGAAGAGCUGAUUGAGAUGCAGACCAGAAAUGAUUCCACAGACCCACGGAGCAGCGCGACCUAUUAUGAAAAAUACCACUCGCUGGAGGACAUCUAUGACUGGAUUAAUAUUACCAUUCAGGAUCACCCAGAGAUGGUGCAGCUUAUUCUGAUUGGCUCAUCCUAUGAGAAACAGCCACUUUUUGUUCUGAAGCUGUCAGGAAAGGAGAGUCACCCGAAGAGAGCCAUGUGGAUAGACUGCGGAAUCCAUGCCAGAGAGUGGAUCUCCCCAGCUUUCUGCCUGUGGUUUGUGCAUUACGCUAUUUCAUUUUACAACCUGAAUCAUGACAUCACAGAAAUGCUGAACAAUAUGGACAUAUAUGUGCUUCCUGUAAUGAAUCCUGAUGGAUAUAAAUACACCUGGACCAAGAACCGCAUGUGGAGAAAAAAUCGUUCAAGGCAAGAAGACAGUUUUUGUGUUGGAGCUGACCUCAACAGAAACUUUGAUGCAAACUGGUGCACGGAGGGCGCCUCAAAGAGGCCGUGUGACGAGACGUACUGUGGCCGCUUCCCCGAGUCCGAGCCGGAGGCCAUGGCCGUGGCCAACUUCCUGCGCAGCCACAAGAACGUGAUCAAGCUCUACCUCUCCAUCCACUCCUACUCCCAGAUGCUGCUCUUCCCCUACUCGUGCUCCUACGAAGAGGCGACCAAUCACCAGGAGCUGAAUGAACUUGCUCAUGAGGCAGCGAUGAAUAUCAGAAGAUAUUACAGGAACCUUUACAAGUAUGGUCCAGGAGCAAAGACAAUUUAUUUAGCCCCCGGCGGUUCUGAUGACUGGGCCUACAACCUCGGCAUCCCUUACUCAUUCACUUUUGAGCUCCAGGAUAAGGGUCAGUACGGCUUCCUCCUGCCCCCCAAAUAUAUCGCCAAAGCUUGCAAUGAAGCCCUUACUGCAGUCAAGACCAUCGCCAUGGGUGUCAUCAAGAAAACUCAGUGAGCUUCUCCGAACACACACAGGGUCCUGAAAACUAAAAUGGGAUACAACUCUUCCAGAAACAUCCCACAAUAUCGAAACUGUUGAAAUAAUCCAUAGUUUACUGGCCAGAUCCUACUGGACUGGAAUGUCUUUAUCUGUGGUGCGCUCUUUCUGUCCAGGUCAGAUGUAUUCUGUGAUCAGUAUUAUUUCUCUGCUUGCAAAUGAUUACUUUCUUAACCUUCUUAAACCUUUGUUUAUGUACAACCCCCUAGCACUCUCCAAAACAAAUUUCACUGAAGCUUUUACAGAGUAACAGGGGGCUUUAUUUGAACAUUAAAAAUAUCAAGCUACA